AUGCUGUCAUCACUGAACGACAGAUUACUCAAAGAUCAUCGACCAUCUGCAGAGAGGAGAUUCACUCGAAUACACUAUCUCUCCAUUCUAGGGAUUAUCUUGUCCCUCUCCUGUCGAUCCCUACUGCCCGAGACGUUUACCAUUGGUGCCGUGGUUGAGAUUCUGGGAACCUGCAGUCAGUCCUUGGCGAGUGUCUCUCGUGCCAAACAAGUUACCCCGGUGGUUCAUCGGCCAUUUGACCCCGUCUGGGACACGCCACUCUCCUCCCAAGAACUGUUCCACGGUAGCACCAAGAUUAUCUGGGGAUACUGGAAUACCUAUCCGGAGAAGUUUCCCUUUCUCUGUCAAAAGGCACUAGCAUCUUGGCAGUUACGGAAUCCAGAUUGGCGUGUGAUCAUGCUCAAUGACGACAACUUUCGCCAGUACGUGUCGGUAUCCGAUCUGCCAACCACCUUUGACAGUCUCAAAGUGCAACAUCGCAGCGACUUGAUCCGAUUGGCCGUUCUGAUUCGCUAUGGCGGUGCCUAUGUGGAUGCAUCUACCUUGAUGUACAAGGGAUUGGAUGGGAUUUGGAAUGACAUUGACAAUCAGCACCAAAAGCUGCUCCUAACUUCACUCAACAUGCUCCCCGGCCCCAAACUCGACAUGUACAACAAUGGAUUGCUCAUGACACGCGCCAUUGGCAAUCCGUUCUUGGUGGAAUGGCAACAACGCACAAUCGCCUACAACCACGCACCGGCCUUGACGGUUCCCGAAAUGAAACAACAUCCCGCCUUUGCGCGCGUUCACAAGUACUGGGAUGAUCCAACCUUGGGCGUACUGGGUGGCAUGAUACCCUACCAUUCGCAUUUAUGGAUGUUGAACGACAUGAUCUGGCACAAUGACAUGGGAUUGGCCAGUAAGCACAUUGUCCAUUUGCCCAAGAUUCGGUGGAGUUUUUACUACCAUUCGUUGCCACACUUUUUUGACAAGCUUCGCAUCAUGACAUCCGAGCAAGCGCAAGAUCCCCGCCUUGAUCCCGACGUCGUGGGAUGGACUCCGCUGUCCUUGUUUUGGGCCAUUACCCGACACAUUAUGCAUGGCUUUUACUUGAAUGAAGAACUGGCUCGGGGGGUCGUUGAAAACAUUCACAUGCUCAAGUUUACAUCUCACGACAUGCCACUGGUGGAUGUAGCGGUGAAGCUUGGUUUUAACAAUACUGUGGGACGCAUCAUUGACUCUGCCUACAAUCUGACACGGUUCCCCAUUCAACAAGCCACAUUGGUGGGAGCGACACCGCCGUCACGGAUACAAGAAUAG